CGCCCCGCCCCGCCGCGCCGCCCCCGCGCCGCCGCCUCGCAGGGCGGCGGGUGCCGCGGGGAGGCUGCUCCGUGCCGCCGCCGCCCGGGAGGGAGGUUAUGUAAGGGGGGAGGCGGCAGCGGGAGGAGGAGCAGGACGCCUCGCUGCCGCCGCCGCUGCCGGCUGCCGCCGCGCCGAGACCCGCCGCCGCCGCCGCUCCUCGCCGCCGCCGGGGCCAGCGGGGCCGGGCGGCCGCAUGUGCGAAGUAGGGACGCGGCCGCCGCCGGCCGCCGAGCCGCCCUCGGCCGCCGCCGCCGCCGAGAGGUGCCGCGACAUGGGAGAGCAGCCCAUCUUCACCACCAGAGCCCACGUCUUCCAAAUCGACCCCAGCACAAAGAAGAACUGGGUCCCCGCGAGCAAGCAGGCUGUAACUGUUUCCUACUUCUAUGACAGCACAAGAAACAGCUACCGGAUUAUCAGCGUGGAUGGAGCCAAGGUGAUCAUAAACAGCACAAUCACACCUAAUAUGACCUUUACUAAAACAUCGCAGAAAUUUGGCCAGUGGGCGGACAGCAGAGCAAACACUGUAUUUGGUUUGGGCUUUUCUUCUGAACAGCAGCUGACAAAGUUUGCAGAAAAAUUCCAAGAAGUAAAAGAGGCUGCCAAACUUGCAAGAGACAGAUCUCAAGAGAAAAUUGAAACCUCAAGCAAUCAUUCCCAGGAAUCCGGGCGCGAAACACCAUCUUCCACUCGCGCAUCCAGUGUGAAUGGGACAGAUGACGAGAAGGCAUCACAUGGCGGUCCUGCUGAUGCACAUCUGAAAUCUGAGAAUGAUAAAUUAAAAAUUGCUCUAGCCCAAAGUUCAUCCAAUGUAAAGAAGUGGGAGACGGAGCUGCAGACGCUGAGGGAGAGCAAUGCCAGGCUGACCUCGGCACUCCAGGAGUCCGCUGCCAGCAUCGAGCACUGGAAGAAACAGUUCUUGGCAUGCAAGGAGGAAAACGAUCAACUCAGGAACAAGAUUGAAGAACUGGAGGAACAGUGCAAUGAAAUAAAUAAAGAGAAGGAAAGAAAUGCACAGCUGAGCAGACGUCUCCAGGAACUGGAAACAGAACUUCAAGACAAAGAACUGGAACUGGAGGAGCUCCGAAAGCAGGGUGAAAUUAUACCACAGCUAGUGUCAGAAUGUGAAUCUGUAUCUCAGAAAUUACAGGCUGCUGAGAAAAAGAACAAAGAUCUUGAAGAGAAAGUCGUAACACUAAGGACAGAAGUUGAAGAGAGCAAACAUAGGCAGACCAACCUUAAAACUGAAUUAAAGAAUUUUUUAGAUGUACUAGAUGGGAAGAUAGAUGAAUUACAUGAUUUCCGACAAGGACUGUCUAAACUUGGGGUUGACAACUAGAUGGCAAUAGAUUUUUGUAAUCUAGAGUCUGGAUGUUUGAUGUUUUCUUGAUCCCAAACGUGUUUUACAAAAUAUAAUUAGAAUGUUCCACUUGUUUGCAUUGUUUUUGUACAUAGAGGCUGAAAACUUGCUGUGGAUUUUGGGGGUUUUUUGUUUGUUUCUUUGUUUAUUUUCCAAACCAAUUGUGCUGCUCACUGAAUUCUGUUGAGAAUAGAAACUUUCUAUAUUGCUGCUCUGGCUGUGUGGGGUUGUGAACAGGUAGAAGGUUCUGUCUCAGGAAUCUGGAACUAGAUCUACCUUAAAAUGAAUAUGCAGUUAGUUGUUGCAGGGAAAUUUAUAUCUUUCUUAAGGGCUGUUGCAACCAUAGAAACAGAAAACAAGUCUUUUUCUAGUCUGGACUGUCAGCACUCCUAGCAACAUACACUUUUAUUCCUUGGUGGAGCAGAGAGAAGAUGAGAUGGAGUUCCUGCAGUUUGUAAAUCAACCUAGUAAAAUGUGCCUGUGAUAAGCUGCAGUCAAGUGAAUCACUUUACACAGAUGCCAGUAUCCUUAGGGACCAUGUCAGUAAGGCCUGAUCCACAGAAAAAAAUCCAGUGAAUUUCAUAUAACCUCUGAAACAGGCUGCAUGUGCUUGCCUGUGCCCAUACAGCACAAAUUCAACAGUGUUGAAAUUAAUUUCAUCUCUUAUACUUCAAGUCAGUCAUGCAUCUUACCCAGUAGGUGAUGACAGCUUCUCUUGCUUAACUAGAUUAUCUUUCUUUGGCCUGCAAUUUUGAACCCAUAUUGUUUAGUCGGUACGAAUAUCUCUGAAAAAUGCACACCUGAUUCUUGGGACCAGAUUUCUUUUGAAAAAAAAAGAUAGGUUACUAUUUUGUACGCAGGGCACGUGCACCUCUGUGUAACUUGAUCACUGUUGUUUCACUGCCACUGUAGUGACUUGGGAGACACUGAUCUGAAAAGCAUUAUAAAGCUACUAGAAAAGGUGUUGCUCAGAGCAGGUUUCUGCUGAGGAGGCUUGCAUGGUAAUGACUGCAUGAAAUCAAAAUCUUUUCCUAUGAUUUCUACAUUCCCAUCUUGUGGAAUAGUGGGAUGGGAAUUAGAAACCAAAUUAGACUCGCAAGGAAAAAAACCCCAAAGGCAGAAGUGCUGUUGUGUUCUAUACCUGAUUAUUCAGCAGCUCUAAAUACAUUUUGAGUGAUAAAAGGUCAUAUAUUGGAUUCCAGUGAGAAGGAAGCUUGAUCCAUUACAGGCAAUGAUGUGAAAAGGAACAGAGAGGAGAAUUCAGCCCAAGUCUUUCUUUUAUCUCCAAGAUUGCCUUCAAUUUCUUUCUUUUCUUUCUUUGUAAGCUGGUUUGAGAUUCUAUUUACACAGGAUCUAAAUUAAUUCAGAAAAAAACUUUUGUUUAUGUGAUAUUAUUAUUUGCUUAAAUCAGGCAAUAGCCUGGUUAAGCACUGAAUUAACACAUUCCAGCAGUGAGAGACAUAAAAUGGCCAUGUCUUGAUGUUCGCAUAUUACAACUUAGGGGUUUUUUUUUCCUUUUCCUGGCACAUCUCUAUUAUAAAAGUGACCUUUGAAAGAACUGUGGGUUAUAGAUUAAAAAAAAAUUCAUUGAAUACUUUUUGCACAUGGAUACUUAAUCCACAUGCUGGAACUCUGUGGAGAUAGGUUCUGUCUGCAGUCAUCCCUUGAGUUUUGAUUUCAUCUGUUAUUGUGCAUUAUCCAUUUAGACUUGACUUUUUGUAUUUUUGCUUUUCCUCCUUUUAAAUAACUGCUGUUUUGAAGUUGGGACCUUUUAUAACCAUUAUGACCAUUUAAGUCUCUACAAAGAUUGCUGUAGGCUGUUGAUAUUUAAAAAUAAAAAUAAAAAUCAGGUACAUAGCAUGUAGGCGUGUGAAAAUUAGAUUUUGCCAGUGUGGAAUAUUCAACAGUUGCAUAAUGUGGGGUUAGAUCAGACUUCUCAAAAUUGAAAAUGACGUCAGAAACCGUGUGCGGUUGUGAACAAGUAAUCUCCAUUUUUAGUGUCUUUAUUUGAUAGCAGUCAGAUGGACACAGUCAUUUAACAGGCAGUUUGCCCUGUUUCUCCUCGGCUCCCAUGAUGCUCUAGAGCUCCCUGAGACUGCAGGUCUGUUAACUGCAUCCGCCGGGCAUCGAGGGAUAACGCGGUUCAGAGUUGCAAGCAAUACAGGCAGUCAGGGCCCUACUCAUCACAGUGUUUUGUGGCUUUCACUCUGAGGACCUUGUUCCAACUUCUGUUUCUUUUUUUCUGUAGAGCAACUGUAGGGCUUGUUUUACUGGUUUUAAUAUGCAAAUAUGAUUUUAAUGUGAUUCUGGUUAGGGGGUUGCAAAAGACUCCACAAACAAACAAUUUUAUUGGAGUUAAUCCAGUUCUUUUUCUGGUUUAGUCAGCUUAUUUCAGAUCCAGUUUGCUAAGAAUGUAUUAAGCCACUCUUAAGUUGCAGGAAAAGUGUUUCCAUGUGAUUGCAUUGAUCUAGCAGAUGAAGUUUGAAGCUGGUGAGUUAAACCAGUGCGUUCUUCUGCCACAAUGGUUAUUUGUGGGUGCCUGAUGCCUACUAGAGAUACAACGCUGAUGUCCUUCAAGGAGUCCCUGCUCCGUCUCCUCUGGCUUUGUCCCAGAUAUAUUUUCCUGAUCCGACAUUGCCUCUGAGGUUCAGUUUUUGGGAAACUGGCUGUUUCCAUUCUUCUAGGUCCUUGCUGGAAUUACCCCCUUUCUCUCUUUUUCCUCCCAAACAGCAGUGAUUAUGAGGGUCUCAAAUCUGAGAACCUCCCUGUAUAAUCACUCAAAAACAUCCCCCCAAACUCCAUCUUUUAUAACCUUUCCCACUCUUUCAUUGUAUUUUUUCCUCUUCAAAAUCAAAGAGCAGUCUUGGAGGAAAUGCCAUGUAGGAAACUCCGGACACCAGCUCCAGCUCCUCUCCCCGGUCUUGGCCCUUGCUGUGGUGGCUCCCGUUGGUGCCUGCCACCCAGCUCCAGAGCACACCGAGGCUGUUGGGCGGAGGACUGUAAGUGUGAGACAUUAUUUGUACUCUGAAGCUCGGGGGUGGCCCCGCAGCUACCUUGUCGUGCCAACCUGUGAGCCCCGCGCAGCUCCUCAGGGACUUGUCCUGGCAGCAGGCCUCCUCCUCUCCCCGCUGUGCCCUGGUGGCGGCAGGCACAGGUGACCUGCUUCUCCCUGCCGUCCUUCCCCUCCUGCCACAGGGCAGGUUUUUCUUCUUUUGGGCAUAUUUGAGGAUUCAGUCUGUACCUGGGGACGACCCAAGUAAGGACCACCCCCUGGCAAGUGAUUUUUUGCAUGCAUUUUUCUCCCUCUCCUCAAAUGUGCUGUGGCUGCACAGAAAGUGUUCCCCUACCCUUGAACAACCCCAAAACGCUGCGUCGGGGCUGUGUUGCCCAGCACAGGGCUGGUGGCUGGCCCUGGGCAGCCCCCGGGUCGGGGAGGCUGGGCCAAAGCGGGCACCCGAGGGGGAGCAGCCUCUCCAGGACGUCCUUGAGGGGGAGCAGCCUCUCCGGGACACCCUGAAGGGGAGCAGCCUCUUUAGGACGUCCUUGAGGGGGAGCAGCCUCUCCGGGACGCCCUGAAGGGGAGCAGCCUCUCCGGGACGUCCUUGAGGGGGAGCAGCCUCUCCGGGACGCCCUGAAGGGGAGCAGCCUCUCUGGGACGUCCUUGAGGGGGAGCAGCCUCUCCGGGACGUCCUUGAGGGGGAGCAGCCUCUCCGGGACACCCUGAAGGGGAGCAGCCUCUCCGGGAUGUCCCCGAGGGGGAGCAGCCUCUCCAGGAUGCCCCUGAGGGGAGCAGCCUUUCCGGGAUGGCCCCGCGUUGGUGCAACCAGGAGCUGCUCAGUGCCCCUUGCCCGGAGCCGGCCGGGCUCGGUGCGUCGGUUGUCGCUGCUCGGAGCUGCCCCGCCGGCAUUUCCCCACUUCAGCGCGCAACGGAGAAGGUUAGUCCGCCAUUUCCACUGAGCAGGGCUCUGUUUAGACAGUGAUGUUUCAUCUCAGGCCAUCACAGGUGGGCAUAGAUUUCUCCCUCAAAGUGUUUAAUGGCAGGAGAAGUUCUACCUCAGCUGCACAGCCUUUUGCUAAUAAAGGUCCUGUGCUUGGCACCUCUGGUGCACACGCCUGCCGUUCACGCUUCCUGGGAUCCAACGGUGAGGCCUGGGAAUCACCUCCUUCCCCAUUAGCAUGUGUAAGAUGGCGGACAAAAAUCAGUAGCCAUCUUCCCUUAUAGCAUCUGUAAGAUGGCGGCUCGGUGGACAAAAAUCUAUGUAGCUCUUCUGAAACCUGGUAAGAGAGUGUCCGGCUUUUCACGGUGUUUUCCAGUGAGAUAGGCCUUUGAGCUGGUGUUAGAGCUGCUGAAUAAUGUUUUUUGGGUUUUUCCUCCCCUUGGUUCAGUGGCCAACAUGAGAAAUCAGAUAAACAGGUUCACUUUGCGUCAGCAAGUUUUCAGUGAUGGAAAAGUAUCUCCAGCUGAUUGUUUUCAAGGGGAAGAAAUGUUUCGUUAAAUAUGUCAUUUAGCGCUUUCAAAAGUGAACUUAGCUUAAUGUUUUGAAUAAAUUAUUUUAAAAUGAAAAAAUGAACGUUUCACACACCAAAAUAAAACUCUUUUAACCUUU